AGAAGAGUUAGCUUGUUAUCUAAAUACACAUUAUAUUAUUAUUUUGUAUGUUAUUCUGCACAAAUACGAAGGACUGAAAUCACUCCGUGAAAGAUUAAUGGUAGUUGAUAUUCUACAAUGUCAAAACAAAGGGAAGCGAAUUUCGUGUCUCAAAAUUCAACUGAUCUAGAUGCAUUUCUUGAGAAAUAUAUUAAGAUGUUGUCGAGUUUGGCAGAGUCUAAAGUUGAACUAGAUGCAGCCUUCAAAUACACAGACUUGUACGGGGAGUGGGGAAUGAUAUGUGCCAGAUACAUGAAUCCAUUUCUAUGGGUGUUUCCUUUUACUGCGGCAACUUUACUUUUCAUGACUUUUAAAAGACAGAAUCUUUUCGGAAAUGUGCAGAUAUGCUUGGUAUCUGUCAUGGUAGCUGAUGUAUUAUUCGCCAUGUUAACAGGGUUUAAGGAUGCUGUUUUUAAUUCUAUGAACUGGAAUUAUGGUUUUGUGGAGUACAAGCUUUGUGCGUUUCUUUUUCUUUUUGCCCGCAUACAAACUUCAAUCCACGGUACAUCACUUUGGAUAAAGUCUUUGAUGCUUUUACAUCGAGUUUUGAUGUUUUUGUUCCCCUUUAAGUUCAGAUCGUUCAAAUUUAAAAUUAUUUUGUUACCGCUUGGAUUGUUCCAUUGUGUAGUUGUCGUAAGCUAUUGUGCUCUAACAUUCAAAUUACCAUUCCGCAGUUUUUCUACAUUCCAAGAUUAUUCUAAAGGAAAGUCGUUUAAAAGAAUUGACGCAUGUGUUAUUCAUGCUGAAAGUAAAUAUUUUGAAAGCGCGUAUCACAAUAUCGAACAAUAUCUUGCUCUUUUUCUUCAAACAGUGUACUUUACGUCAUUCCCAAUUUGUAUUCAUUUUGUUUGUACAUUGAUGUUUGUUUUUUUGGUAAAAAAGGAAAUUAAAAAAAUGUCAUUUUUAACACCUGUCAAAAGCACAAAGAUUUCGAAAAGUGUAAAAUACAUAAUUUUAAUCAAAGUUCACAUAUUCUUGGGUAUAUCUUUUAUUCUUCAAGAGACUCCAAUAUAUAUUUCGUUUUUUGUCUUAUAUUUCAGCAAAAACAUAGAGAGUGUCAAAAAUGCGAAUUCUAUCGUAGUUAGUUAUAUGAUUCUAACGUUUGCAAUAGGCAAACCAAUUGAUUUAAUUAUCUAUGCUAGCCUAAGUCAAAAGGUAAAAUCGGAACUUAAGAGAAUUUUUUGCUGCCUAGAUAAGACAAAACUAAAGAAAGAUCUCUCGAGUUCGAAAUAACUGUAAAAAGAAUGUCAAUUUUGUCUCUAUAAUUUUUCUUUAAUGCAUUUAUUUUUUCACUUGUUUUGAGACGUCGAAUCUCUGUCUUUAAUUUUAUUUUUUGUAGAAGGCAAGUACAGUCAUGUCUAUCUUAUUACCAUUAUCCUAGUCAAAGAAAUUUGAAUUCUUUUAUUGCUUGUUUUUUUUUUAUUAAAUGACUGGCUUGUUCUUUUCUUUUUUGUUGUUAACGUUAAAUACAAUGUGUUUAAAUCUGUUGUUCUACAGUAUUCGCAGAGAAUUAAUUUAUAUAACUUUUUUAAUGUCGUUAUGUCAUUGAUAUUGAAAAAAAAAAUUGAAUGGUUUCUAACAAAAUGAGUUAAAAUAUCUCUUUGGUGUAAUUGUUUUAAUAUCAUCGA